GUUUAUUUUUUCUCUUCUCGAAAUCCAUCGUCCACACCGCUCAGCUUAUCUUUGACAGCACAGUGCUCAAAACAAGACAACACGCUAUCAGUCAGUCUGCGUUCUGAUACAGGUUUGUCUUAUUGUAUUGUGUGCUUCUUGCUUUUAGUCUGAGGAUCCGCGUGCUGCUACAAUGUCGAAAUACUGGUGCAAGCCUUGUAAGACUUUCGUGCUCGACACCAAGCUCGGCAAGUCCCAACAUGAAGCCUCGGUCCGCCACAAAUCGUCAAUGGACCGCAUGAUCCGCGACCUCAACCGGACAAAAGUGCAGGCGCAGCGGAGUGAUCGCGACGCGAAGCGGAUUCUCGAACAGAUUGAAAAAGCAGUUGGUGGGGAGAUCGGGACGUCGGCACCUUCUUCUGCGCCAGUUGCAGCGACGAAGACGAUUACUACGACAGCUGCGAAACCUACCUCGUCAACGACGCCGUCGCAGAAAGUUCCAAUGAUCUCCAGCAAAUCUAAAGUGCUCCCUUCCUUCAUCCAGAAAAAGCCCACCUCUACAAAGCAGAAAUCAAGUGUGCUAGGCAUGCUUCCCGACGGUCUUCCGCCGUCUUCGUCGGUUGGCGGGAUCCAGCCAAAGAGUGGGGGAAGUCGGAUCGCAAAGGGAGGCGCGGGCGGGUCGAAAGGGUUUAGUAAUGGGUCUGUAAAGAGGAGUUGACCGUGAUGUAAAUUUUUGUGUAUAUGUGGGUGUUGUAUUAUAAGAUAUUUUGAGGCGUUUGGAUAUGUUGUCUAUUUGAUAAGCUGUUGGGUUUUUGUUGCUGUUG